GCAAGAACGUGCGCGAACGAUCGCUUUUUUUUUUGAAUCUCGGCGGUAAAUAAUUUUGUUUUUGUUACGUGCGAUUUGUUUAUUAAAGUGUUUUGUUUGAUUCGGCCAUUGAAAAAAGAGAAAUUUAUAAAUAUUUUAACAUUUUUUAAGUGAUUUUUCUUAUGGAAAUAUGUGAUUUUGUGAGUGGUCAAUUUAGUUUAGUAUAGAAAAGUAUGGAUAUACUUUUGCCACCAAUACCGACUGUGGAUUUGAGUUCCUGUAUCUCUUUAGAUCUCUUUGAUACGGAGCCCAACGGCGGGUCGACGACCACAUCGCUAAGGCAGUUCCGUAAAAAAGAUGUAGAAAAAUCAGCGCCCAAUCAGCAAGUGGAGCAACAGGCGCCCAGUAAACCCAUGUCCGAGAGUCAUGUGGCGCGGGUGGCUCCCCACAACCACUACCCGGCCGCUCCCCCACCUUCCUCGGCGACCAACAAUGACGCCGCAUACCAUCGGUACCCAUCUGGGACGACUCAUCAAUUUGCGGGCUAUAGCCCUCAAAUGAAAUACUCAGAACUAGUAGAGCCGUCUCAACCCAACCCUAUAUCAACGUCUGUGAUACAAAAGCCUAAACCUAAGGAUUACACCAAUAUGGACAUGUGCAAUGCGCAACCGCAACAUUUAAGUAACCACCAGCAAUAUUCACCUGAUAAUGGCCAGUAUAUGCAUAAGGAUCCUUCACAGGUCUACCCAUCUGGAUAUCAUAAAACACCAGAAUCUCACUACUUCUCCAAAGAGCAGCCGCAUCAGUACCAACAUCAACUCGCUGCCCAUCACCCGGGUAUGCCCAAGUACAACCCUCUUUUGACUCCUUCAAACAUGAGAAAGUACAACCAGUCAGAGAGCCCGUACAUAAACAAACUCAGACAGGGCAGGCCCGUGUCGUUAAAUGACCAUCCGCAUUUACAGGACGGUCAGCCAGGGUACUCUCCUAUGGAGCAAAGAACUGGGAUGUACGGCCAGCAGAAUCAUCGCUUUUAUACCGGGUCGAUUCCGCAACCGAACCAUUACUCCCCGAACCCCAACUAUCCAAUGAACAGCGCCCCCCAUCCGGCGUACGCAAACUAUCCGGCCGGAUCCUGCAAUUACCCCCGAUCCGCCCAAAUGCCAAUGGGAUCCAGAUAUCCUUACAUGGAGAGGAGCAUGUCGCCCAAUAGACGGCCGUAUACGGAAAGCAUGCACGUCCCUCACCAGAUGAACUAUCAUCCCAUGCAUCAGAAAAUCGCCAGUACCCAUAACUACUCGCCACAGUACAGUAGAGGUCCGGAGUAUGCGCAGCAUUAUCAGCAUAGGCGCUUGCCACCGGACAUGUACGCACAGACGUGUCGACCUGCGCAGUAUAUGCAAAGUCAUCCAGCUCCCGACUUGCAAGAACUGACAGAAUCAACGGUUUCCCCAUCGGACAGCCUCAAAAAAUUCAUCGAAACGUGGGGCGUUGACGAGGAGCCUCCAAGCGAGAUCAGUUCAGUCGAAAGUGGCCCAAUAGGUUUACGGGAAAAAUUGAGGGACGAUACACCCGCAGGCACGGUUUACAUGAUCAACGCCUCAGACGUACAGUAUUUGGAAAAUACCGGCAUUCCGAUUGUCACUUCUGACAAUGGCGGAUUUCAACUUACACCCGAGAACUGCCAGUACCUGCUGAAAAACGGACUUAUAUCGAUCGAAUCCAGUGGAAACCAAGACCGUGUGGUAAACCUUCAAAUUAUGGAAGCGAAUCCGAAAUCGGAUUGUAUGCUGGCAGACAAACAUAUCAGACUGACCGAAUCCAGUUUAGGAUCAAAACCGGAUGAGGAAAACAGUCGUCGGAUUACGAUCCAUCAACAAGCGAUUUUAAACACGUCUGGUAACGUGGUUAUCGAUAAAUCGCCACAGAAAAAGGACCAACCGGUAGAUAAGUUAAAUAGUACCAAAGUUGAACUAGUUGAUAAAAAUUGCUCACCUAUUAACUUGGACCAUUUAGAACAUAAUCUUGGUUUGACCGAACCAAACGAUAAACAGACUGACAACUGUAAAACCGAUAGUCGUAGCCCUAACGUUAAUUGUAGUAAUGACCAACAGAGUCUAUUAUUAUCAGACGAUCUCAGCCAGCAUUCGGAAGAUAGCCAGAACCAAAAAUCUCCCGAAUCAAAAAGUAUGCCCAUCAUUGACUUUUUUGCCGGAAACGACGACAGUUGUGAAACUGACGAGUCCAGAUUUAGUAUGACAAGGAAAAACAGUUUAACUGCUGUCUUAAAUUCAUUCAGCGAGAUUACACAAGACAAAGAUCUAAAGCCUAGCUCGGAAGGAAGUGCCGGGACUCCCACAGUAAUAGUUACUCCGGAAAGCAGCAGAAUGGAACAAGGUUUAUGUGAUUCUGAAGGUUCAAAAGUUGAUAAUGACCAAGACCAAUUAACCAGUGAACACGUUGUUAAAAAGAGACAGAGAAUAUUCUCAGUUGACGAUAUAAUAGGGACAAAAAUUAAGAGCGCCUUAAAAGAUGUUCACGCGGCGAAAACCAUUGAGUUUCUUGAAAGGGAACGAGCGUAUGCAUCUCAGUCUUGUGUAAAUCCAAUUCGGCAAAGUGAUAGUGAAGAAAAAACGAUAAAAGUAAAUAAUUCCUCAGUUGUUCUUGAACUCUCUGGCAAAUUACUAAGGAUUAGUGUUAGUAUAGUGGAUGGCAAAACGGUGAUUAAUGUUAAGCCCAUAUCUGAUUCUAUAAUUGUGGUGGAUUAUAAUCAAAAUUAUCAAAAAUCUAGCGAGCAACAUGAAGAAGAAGAUACUGAUACAGCAUUAGGUUCGAAAGAUGAACAAGUUCAAGAAAUAACAGAGGACCAUUCAUUAAUGGCAGCUGAAGAAAUAAGUCCCGAAACUAAAAACGAAAACUCCUCACAUUUAACUAAUGAGCAAGAGAGAACACACGAGGACAACGAAAUUUUGAAUUUUGGUAGUAAAGCUAACGAUGCAGAAGCUACAAUGUCUGAAGGUGCUGUUAGUGAUACUGUAGACCCGAUGGCUAUUGAAGAACCCACUGACUUUAAGAAUGAAGGUACACACCUUUUCCAGAAAGAAACUCCACUUCCUGAGGGUUCUCGGAGUGAAUUGCCUAGCACGGAAACAAAUCUUUCCGAAGCGCCGAAUAUUAACCAUAAGGAGCCAACUGUUGAAGUUGAAGAUCACCCAAUGACAGCUGAGGAGAUUGUUAAAGUUGAAGAUGCUGCAAACCUUUUAAGUGAACAUCACCCAGUGACGAACCAGCAAAUCUGCAGCAGUGCUGAAACGGUUGAUCUCAGAACGGACAGUAAUCAAAAUUCCACUGAAAGUUUCAAAGUGAAGGAUGAAAUAGUGAUUAAAGAGCGACAAGAGAACGAAAGGACGCUUGAAACCCAAGGUGCGGCCAAAAUUGAUGAGCAAAUUUGUGAAACUUUGAUCGGUUCAAGUGAACUUCAAAGUUCACAGGAAGUGGUCGAGAAUAAAUUCAUGCAAGUAGACGAAUACAUUCAAGAUACUGUUGCGGAGGAGACAUUAACACAUCAAGAGGAGAAUAUUUCCGUUGAAUCUGUAGCUGUUGUUGAUGAAACAGUUGUAAACCAAGUUGUACAUGAUUCCUGUUCUACUGAAUGUUUCAAUAACGAAAAGGAAGAAGUCAGUUCGGAAACCCCUAAGGGUAAAGAAGCUGAAGUGAAGGAGGACGAAAUGGCAAACGGAGAAACUGAACUAGCAGCUGAACCAGUUGAAACUCUUAUGCAGCAAAUAUGUGCUGAACAAGGCGAGGAAUGUGAUGCAACUGUAAUAUUAACGGAAUCGGAUGUGGUUGCAGAAAUAAGUGAAGUCUUUGAAUCAGAGACUGCAGCAGAUGAGGUUAUAAUUCCAGAAAGUGCAAAUGAUGCUGAAGAAAAUAUCAUAACUCAGAGUUUAGAAAUAGAUCAUGAUCAAAUAUCUUUAGUGGAUGCUAAUAAUGCUGCAACUGCGCCUGAAAUAAAUGAUAGUAUCGCUUGUGACGAAAAACUACCAGAAAAUAUUGAGGAUUUGGAUGCUGAUAUAGCCACAAGUAAAAAUGAUCCAAUUCCGACUGCACUUGAAAUUGUUGAGACCGGGGAAGAAUCUUCGAAAGGCAUUGAAGAAGAAGUAGUAUCUUCUCAAUCAACCAACAAUGAUCUCGCCACUGAAACAAUCAUGGAAAGUUAUCAAGAAGAUAGCGAAAGUGAAUUCGCUUCAGAAGAUUUUCCCCUGGAAGAUGAAGUUUUUAUAGAAGAACCUCCCGCUCACGAAUUAGUCGUGGAAGAUCCACUGGAGGGCAUCGGAGUGAUCGAUGGACCAAAUAUCUUGCCACAAAGUCCCGAAAUUCCAUUGGAAGCGGUUAGCACCAGUGAAACGCUAAAUGAUCUGACAGAAAAAUCAGAAAAAUACGUUGACCCCUUAGACACUAACUGCAAUAUCGUUACUAACGCCCCAUUUAAAGAGAUCGUGAAAAUCAGACCAGAAAUUCAAAUCUUAUCGCCAACAUCAACGAACGUAGACGACCAACCCCAAACGUUGAAAGCAAACGUUUAUUUAGAAGUGAAGAGGAAAUAUAGUACGGACAACGACAUUUCGGAAUCAUCGCCCUCGUCAACCGUUACUACAAAAGCGGCAAAAAAAAUGUACGAGUCGGAUCUGAUGCAAGUACAGCACGAUAUCGUUUCCUCCUCUAAAAAGGAAGCCCCUAAAAAUAGGAAAUCAAACGUCAAAAGAUCGAAACGUUUAACCGAAAGGGGCCAGGUAAAAAAUGAGCAAAAGGAAAUGCUAAAAAUGUUAUCUGAAAAGCGGAAACGUCAAAAAGAAAAGGAGCUGAUAAAGCAAUCGGAAAAAAAAGAGACGUACCAACCGCAAUCGGCGGAAAACAGACUUUCGGCACCACCUAUUAGUGAUAAAGUGGACGAACAUGACGAGGAAUUUGUUGAUUUCCGAGAACUUUUAAGGGCGAGAAAAUUGAAAAAGUUGAAAAAAUUGCAACAGCUUGAGGCAUCCUCUAAAGCUAAUUUACCAGAAACCGUUCCGAGCAAACCACAAGAAAGCAAGCAAAAAGAACGAACUAAAAGUUGCUGUAUAGAGUGGGAAGAUGGAUCCAGUUCAAAACUUAACAGCGAAACUCUUAAGCUCAAUAAAAAAAUUGAUGCAAAUUGUUGUAAAAUGAAUAAGGAAAUCAAUAAAGCCAAAGAGAUUACAGAAGUUAAAUUAGAAACGGCAAUAGCACCUCAGACCAAGGAAGUUGAGAAAUAUAAAGUGCACAAGAGCAUUUGUUCUUAUGAAGGUAUUCCAUGUUCAACAUCAAAUACCGCAAAGAGAACAGAAAUAAUCCACAGUACCCAUUUAAAAGAUCCUAGGCAAAGAUCGAAAUCAUUCCCUGGUAAAAUAAUGGUUCCAAGUGUGUCCGAAUUAAUGGAAGAAAACAGUGGCUCCUCAAGCAAGAAAAAAAUUACUUUCGACGACUACUUGAGCAGAAAAAGAAAGGAGAGCACCAAAGACAUUUCAGAAACCAAACUGAAUAAAAGAUUAAAACUAGGAUACGAACGAACCAACUCGGCUGAAUCUAUAUCCAUAAAUUUCAAUUCGGAAGAGGUUUGUAAAGCCAGAGACUUAAAAACCUCAUUUGUGAUUCAUUCAUCUGACUGGGAAGACUCCAACUCCCCAGUGUCUUCACCGCGACCACAAUCAAAAGAAGUUUGCCUUAUUAAUGACUUUAGUGGCCUUAUUAGAAAUACUUGCGCUAAAAAACCUGUUAUAGAUUUAAACGAGCUACUACCUUCGUCAGAUAAAAAACUACAAGAAUAUAAGGAGAAGGUGGACUCCCAGCUAAGUUCAUUAAACAUCCAAAUACCAAAAAUUAAACCGUACGGCGUGGAUAAGACGUCCUACAGACCAAACGCAGGACUAUUUGGCUCCCCAAAAACAAACGGUUUGGUCGAACGUUUCUUAAACGACGAAAAAUUAACGGCCGAAGAGAUGUGCAAAAUAAGGAAAAUCAUUUCUUAUAAGAGAUCGUUGCAGCGGCAUUCAAAAAACGUGAAGUCACCGAGCAAGAGUCCGGGUGGGAAUGAGUCUGACCGAUUAACCGGUCCGAAGUUGUCCCCGAAUCCCACCUACGAGGUGAGGACUAGCGAGGACGCGAGAGAAGUGAGGUUAUGCUUAAAACGUGUCGCCUCGACGAGUGAAUGUGUCGGCGUGGAAAAGGACUCUAGCUCGGUGACGGAGAACAAAAGCCCGAAUAAAAAUGUCGGUUACUCGGUUUUUAAUAGGUUGGGCGAGGAUGGCUUGCCGAAGAUCGUCUUCAAACGGAAAAUGAAAAUUAAUAUGUUAAGGCAACCGGUGGUUGAGCUGGUAAAACUUGACCUGGACGAUUUAGAGCGGGUUAAAGAGAAAUAUAAUGUCACGGUGAGGCAAUUGAUGUGAUUUAGGGACCAAAUAGGACAUUUUUUUUUCAAACUAUACCGGAUAGUAGGUUGGUUUUGUUAUUAUUAUUUUUUUUGUUAAAUGGUUAAUAUUUUAUUUGAUAGUUUAUUAUUUUGAAUGCAGGUUUAAUUUAUUUGUUACAUUUUAUUCUUUUUCUUGAUUAUUAUUAUAGCGGAUGGCCCAAGUAGACGGUAACGUCUUUGUUUUUUUAAGCUUUGAUCUGAUUACGCAUAUGCACAUUUUUGGCGUAUUCAGCUGUGUUUCCAAGAAAACAUUCAUUAUUCCAUAAGAGAUAAGCGUUACAAUAAAGCAAACUCCUAGUCAAGGUCUCAUAAGUAGGUAAUUGGAUGUUCUACGUGAAAAAUUACGCAUCGUUCACCAUUUGUGUAGCAUCAGAUCAGACGGUAUGUAUGAGGUGUCAAAAUUCAAGGGUUAUCCGUAAAGCAGUGUCCAAUACAUUUUCACAUAGUAAACGUUGUUUAAUUAUAAGCUAUUUGUCAACGUAAUCUCCGUCACGAUCACUACAUUUUCCCAGUCGCUCUUGUCUUGAAACUUUUUAAAACCCGUGUCACGCCACCCUCUAGUCGGUCCGCGCAGCUCAGCUCUUCGGCUUUUGAGAAUUUCGUUCCCCCCAUGUUAUCCUUCAAGUUGGAGAACAUCAAAGCGUAAUUUCUGGGAGCCAAAUCAAGACUCUAUAGAGGUUGGUCAAUGAUUUUCCAACCGAAUUUGAACGAUGAGAUCUGUUGGGGGCCAAGUAACACGGGGCUGGCCUUGUUGGUGUCUCUGCGUCGAUUGUCGUACCUCUUUUUCGAUAGUCGACCAACAGAAAGCCUCUACUGUACCAGAAUAUCGAAUCCCGCAGCUUAUCCGCUGACGGCGUUUGUUUACACUUAACAGUAAAAACGUCGCCAUUGUUUUAAUCGCUCUUCAUUCUGUGGCGUUAAGUAUUGAACCUUUUUGCACACGUUUGUACCGUCUUUUGCGAACUUACCUACACCAUCUACACACAAUUUUUAUAUCGAUACAUGUCAGUCAUGUGGCAGCGAAUUUUAAUAGGUCAUUUAAGCCACAGAAAUCUAAUCCUUCGCCGUUCACAUUUGAGGAGUUCUCGUGGAUAACCGGAUAUAUCCACUUUCAGAAAAUGUUCAUGAAAAACGAAAAACACCCUGUGUGUUUAUAUUUAAAAAUAGUAAUACUUUAAGAAGACAGCUUUAAUUUAGUGGGGUUGACUAAUUUAAUAACAUAAAGUGAAACAAAAAAAAAUUAACAAUUCGUCAUUAUUAGCAAUAAAAGUUUGUAUAUGUAUAUCCUUUUUUGAACACAAUUGACACAUAGUAAGCAAAAAUAUAUAUUAUUUUCUCUUUUUUAAGCAAACUGGGUAAAGUUGCAUUUGAUAAAAGUAACAAAAGGAAAAUUAAAUAUGUAUUGCAUUUUCUUCGUGCAGGCAAUCGCAUAGCUCAUUUUCUUUUUGAGUUUCGAAAUUUACCGAAGUAUCCACAUUGGCUCCAGUACUAUUACAAUGUAAUAGAUUUUUGUACCAUAAAAGAUCUUUCCUGUUUUGCCAAUCUUCCCCAAAAUGCUCCUUCAUCAAAUGACUUUUUUCUAUUUUCUGGUAUGCAAUUACCCAGUGGUAGCGUGCUAAGCUGUAUAUUGUCUUCUGAUUUUCCCUUCUUAAGAAGUGAUUUCCAAGCUGUAUCUACACCCAAUAAUGUAAACCAAUAAAAUUGAGAGAUAUUAAUUUUAACAGUGUUAAUGUUUAAGUGAAUUUUUUUGCGUUUUGAAAUUCCCUUUAUUUUUUUAUAUAUCUUUUCCAGUUCUUUAACAUUAUGCACUUGCCAGUUAAAAUCCAGUGUUUUUACCAAAUCCACUUCCGAAUAUAUUUCAACGUAUUUUUCUUUUAUUAUAAUGACUGGAUGUCUUUUUAAGAUUUUCUCCACUCUACCAAAUGAUCGGUCUGCGGGAAAAAAAGCUAUGCCAUCGGACUGGAACAGUUAUUUAUCACUUCUUUUAAAUUAUCUGGAUAUCGCAGAAUAGCCUGAGAAGGUGUAUUCCUUCAUAAUUUAAGUUCUGAAGAUGACUAAACAAAGCAGAGCCAAUUUGAAUAGCCCCUCUGUCCGCCAUAUCUUCGGUCCAGACAUAGAAUAUCAGAUUACGAGAAGUCAUAGAAACGCAGCAAAAGGCAUACAAACUAAUUUGAUGCGAAUAAAAUUCAUCCCCGAUAGGGUUACGGGGUAACGAUUGCAGUUGGUGAAGGUCGAAGCAAAAGGUUAAGCUGUUAUCCGGGUUUUCUUUGGCUAGUUCAUAAAAAGUGUGUUCCAUAAUAAAGUUUUGUCUUGUCCCAAUGUCUUUCGGGUGUUUCACUUGCUCUUUUAACCUGGUGCAUUUGGAACAUACAACUGAUGCAGGAUGAGAAUCCAACAAUAUAAUCAUUUAAAAAUAUGUUUCUAGACAUAUCGUAACUUACAGUCCUCUGGAUCACAUUGCCUGGUAUGCAUUUUGUGCAACUUUGCCACAGAAAGAGUUGCAGAAAGAUAUAUACGUUUUAAUUUCUUUCUGUUGUAAUGACUUUCUUUUCCUCGCAAGUUACUAAUAAAUUUUCGUAAUUUUUCUUUUUUAAAAUAAUUGUCUUACAUACUCUAUCACCUCCCCUUUUCUCCCUUGGAACACUUCUUUCCUCUAAAACUUUUGUUACUGUGAUUAGUCUAUGUUUAGUUACACUAAAACAACAGAAGAGAAAAAUAUUUCAGAAACCCUAAUCAUUUUUUUAAUAAGAUUUUAACAUAUAAAGAACGGUUGCGUUCCUUUCUUCUCUUUCUCCAUUUUGUCUGCGUCGUUUGGGUGGCAUAAAUACAUAAAAACAUAUCCUGGCGGACUUUUUCUUUAUUAUUAUUAUGGAACUUAUAUAUACUCCAUACUCACUUUGCUGUAUUUGUAUGUCUUACCAUCAUAACAAGGACGUGUAAAACCUUUCAAUUUAGGAUCGCGAUCUAAAUACCUAAAUUAUUUAAAAAUUCUAGUCAAUUUGUGUACUUUUAAGAAGCAUCUAACCUUACUUCUGCUUUUUAAGCACUUCUCUUUUGCUUUCCCGACAUUAUGUUUUUCUACUUUCAUCACUUCCUUGCCAGUUAUAGGACAACAACCAGCAUUUGCUUUAAAAAAAAAAACAAAUUUAUUGAGAACAGGGACUAACUAACUUGAUUGAUAGAUAUAAAAAUAAUGGUAAGGAAAAAUGUUCACUUACAGUGAGGUUCUUGCCAAAAUUUCCAUUUGUCUCUUAGCCUAAUUUCCUAAAGGAAUCGAUUUUUGUAUUCCCAGGACCUAAACUGUCUUAGCUAUUCUCAAUCCGGUGCUGAACGGGUGGAACAGAGCUUCACUCUGUUUUUUUCUUCUUGAUUUCGUAUUUGUAUUAUCGCCAAACGCAAUAGAGUUCAUUGUAAUUACUUUAACAUAUAAAUACACAGACAAUAACAAUCGAAUCUAACGAUAAAACAACCAAGAAUAUCGACCUGCAUACCGGCAUUUAGAUCAAUUAGCAAAGAAUAUGGUGCCGGACAUAGAGGUGGCCCCAUCUUUGAACUUCGUUUGCAAGCCCUAGGGUGAAAAUGGCACUUAGAUCUCAUAGUAGGAUAUUGGCGGUGGCAUCUAUGUGCCACAUAUAUUGAGAGAAAAAACCGAAAAUGUAUAUUUUGGCACCUAGAUCAUUUAGCUCGACCACUCUUCAUUUAUUGAUCUGACGUUAUGCUGAUGGGCGAAACGCGUGUUAUCUUUGACGUGUAACUUUAAAUUACGUACAUGUGAGACCUUGACUUGGCGUUUACUUUAGUAUAAACCUUAUUCAUGUUUUGAAACAUAACUUUUAGAUGCACCACAGGUACCCUUCCUUAAUUCCUUAAUAAUGCGAUAUUCAGUGCGAUAUUCAGUGCGAUAAUGAACAUUCUGGCACUAAUUAUGGAAUGAAGCUAUGAAUUACUUUUUUUUAACUUUUUUUUAUAGCCGGAAAACAAUUGAAUGCAUCAAAAAAUGCAAGCUACGUUCUCUUUAUCCUGGGCCAGCUGGUAUACAUGGGUUAGCAUUUAAAUAUGGUAUUUGUAUAUAAUUAUUAAUGCUUACUUUUUUAUUUUUAGUUUUUAUUGCACUUUAAAGGGUACAUCAAAAAUCAUAUAAAAUGAGCUGUUAGCCAGUUUGCUUUAUCUUAACCUUCACAGCAUUUGUUUGAUAAUAGUAUCAUAUGUUAACCCACGUUUGUCUCAACAAACUGGUACUGAAAAGGUAAAACAGACAUCUCACAAUUUGCUGAAUUCGGCUCUGAAACUUCCGUGUGCAAAACUUAAGAAAAAUUGAUAUUCAUUCCGUUCUACCUAGGGGUUUAUAAUCAUCAUAAAAGUUUUACCAUAAUAAUACCCUCGGAAGGUUAUAAGCACGGUUUUAUUUGCAAACUUGCUAACAAUUUUGCAAUGACAACUGAAAUAUAAAUAAACAAAACAAUAUAGAAGAGUUGAUCCUGCUUACAGGGCGCCCUCUGUUAAAAUGAUAAAUUUUAAUAAGAUUCAACAUUUAGGUUCAUUUGUUAAUUUUAUAACAAAUGUUAGCUAUUAGCAUUGUAAUACUAUAUUUUGCAAUUUUUUACAUAUGGUUAAAAUGAAAAUUAUAAUACUUAAGCUAGUCUUCGUUAUUAUUUUGCAAUUUAUCCCAAAGUAAAAUUAUAGAAAAUGUUCCUAAACACAUAUAACUUAGAUUGUCUGGAUAUCUAAAUCAGAAAAAAGUACAAUUAUUAAUAUAAAUGUAUUUACUCGGAUAAAUCCUAUAGGUAUAUAUACUAAAUAUAUAUGUAUGUAUUCAAGUUAUUUAAAUAUUAAGAGUUAUUUAUUUAUGUUGGCAUAUUUGAUAAUAGACGUGCGACUCACAAGGAACACUGAAAAAUCUAAAUCGAUCCUAUUAGAUUUUUUUAAUGAAUAAUUAAUUUCUUCAAUUUUGUGCUUUAAAGUGAUCUUUCGAUUUAAAGUGAUGCUCACAGGUAUUUUUGGAAAUUGUUGUAGUGAAUUUUAUAUAAUAAUGUUUAUGUCAAAUUAUUCGGUGUUGUAAAUUUUCAGUAUUAAAAACUUUGUGCUAAAUUAAAUAAAAUGCAUAGGUAUAUUUACCUUUUAAAAGACGCAAUUUGUUAUAUACAUUAUUUAGUCAUUUAUGCCUGCUACCGAUACUCCCACUUAAAAAGUUAUAUAGUAAUAAACACAGGUUUUCGUCAAAAUAUAACUGUUGCGCCUACGAAAAAUGCAUUCCAACAAAAAAAAACUAAAAAAAAAUAUAUUUUAUACCUAAAAAUAUAAUAAAGUUGCUGUAAAUAUUACAAUAAGUAAAGGGUUAUAUUUAUAUCUUACUUUUAAAGAAAAACUUUUGGUUUAACAGGGUGAUAAUAGGCUAGUCUCUUACUAACAUAUUGUAAUAUCGAAGAAAAUUAUUUAUGGUGUACGGUAUAUAAGAUAAUAUUUAUACUUUUGCGACCUGCUGUUGGUGGACGAAGUUAAUAUAUUUUCGGUCAGAUAGUUUACUAAUUAUAUACAGAAGAAAGUUUUUCUCUAAAAUUAAGUUAAUUUUAGUUUAUAUAGUUACCAAAAAAAUAACAUUUAGUGCACUAUGUUAGGACAGUGUUGUUAUGGAAUCAGAUUUUUUUCACUUUUUGUAAAAUGUAUAAAUUUUGUUAUUGAAUUAUGAGUGCCUUAGCACAUUGACUGUUAUAUUUUUUACCAUUUAAGCGAACAUGGUAAAAUUUUAUUGUAUAAUAUUUAAGCACAGUAAAUGAUUGAAUUUGAA